AUGGUGGACAAAUGUGUGGCUCUAAAAGUCAUCUUGAUGUGGUCCUGGGACCACCAUGACAUCGAGUUCUACUGCAUGUCAUAUGAUGUCGGCGUCGAGAAGCCGGAUACGCUCAUGUUCGAGGCUGCCGAGCUCAUGCUGGCGCAGGCCAUUACUAUCCAGGAGGGGAAAAGCCCGACUGAGGUUAAGGUGGAUAUUGAGACAUGGAGGAGGGUGUAUGUCGGUGAUGAAUACAAGAAGGAUAUUGUUGGGGCUACAAAUACGGGCUGGAAUUUUGUGCUGCUUGAUUCUGGGGAGCAGUCUCCGGAUAUCCCUCGACUUGACGGCGUGUUUAAGGAAAAUGCUGUUGUUAGAGUGUAG